AUGCCCCCGUGGCAAUCCAUCCUCUUGUAUCUGGCGAUUGUCUCUAAUUCAGUCAUAGUCAUCAAAUCACAACAACAAAAAUGUCUAAAUAUCGAAGAAGUCUAUCCGAAAAAGUACUUCAUCAAAGAAAACGUUGCGCAGUCGCUGAUGAUAAAUAUCGAAUCAUCGACGCGCAUGACCCAUUUAUUAGCUAGCCACAUAUUCUACAUUUUCGCCAAGGAAGUUUUGGGCUACACCAAACUGAACAUCAACAUACACGAAGACAACUUCCAAAUACUGAACGUAAUGGAACGGCUCUCCGAUUACAGCGAUAUUAGAGUGGCUAUUCCUCCAGCUACCAUCAACCUGGAGGUGUGGACUAGUCCGGAAUACGAUACAUUCGAAAAAGAAUUCGUGAAGGAGGUGGGUAGCGUAGGUCCUCCCGGCCGUUUCGGCUGGUUCAUACCGAAGAGAUAUUACGGACCGAUCAAAAAAUUUUACGAAGAUAAGUAUCUUUGGAACGAUGCUAUACAGGAGGUGCAUUGGUCGUUUUUCCUCAACUUGAGGCUGGCCAGCCAGUUUCAUUUGGACAGCAAAAUUCUUAACUCGUUGAUAUGGAAAAAUCAAUAUCACAUGAAAAAAGUAAACAACACUUGGGAACCGAUUUGUCCGAAUGUCAAUUGCACGGAUAACAUGAGCAUGUACAUCCCCAAGCAAUGUCUGGGCCAAAACUGCGCCAUUCUGCUGGCGCCCGAAUUCGAAGCCAGCGGAUUCCUCAUAAAUCAAGUCGACGAAAUGGGAGUCUACGUGAACAUCCUUUGGCUGGGCAAGAACCUCAAGACAACUCUAAGGCGACUGAACGAGUACUACGCGAAUUUGGGCGAACAGCAAAGUUACUUUUUCUUCCAUUGGUAUCCCGGAGACGUCGUCACGGACGAAUCGAAAUUCAUCACGGUCCAGUUCAAAAACAACGAGUUCUACAAUUUCACCAAUAACAUGGUGAACGGUUACAAAUACGAGAUGCAGCGUUUGGUGAAGAUGGUCUGGUCGAAAAUGGAGCAAGGCGCUCAUCCUCUCUUCCUGGGUGUCAGGCACUUCAAGUUGCGCCAGCAAGACUACGCUUUCCUGCUGGAUCUGGUCGAGCAAGGAAAAUACAACGUCAGCGAAAUCGCGUGCGAAUGGAUGAAGAAAAACAAGAAGAUUUGGUCCAGGUGGAAUUCCACCGAGACCGCCGUAAUCUACAUCGGAGGGAUUUUCCCAUUGGACGACCGGCUGCCUUUCAACGGCGCCGGAAUCGUGCAAAGCGCCAAGAAGGCCGUAAAUUACAUCAACAAACACAAUCUGAUCAAAGGUUACGUUUUGAAUUUGAUGAUUCAGAACGGUAAUUGUCAAUCGGACGCCGUGAUGAGCAGUUUUCUCGACUAUCUCGUUGUCAAGAAUUAUUACGAUAAUCUUGUCGGUGUUCUGGGGCCCGCUUGUUCCGAAACCAUCGAACCGAUAGCGGCUGUAUCCAACAAAUACAGGAUGAUAACGAUUUCGUACGCUGCCGAAGGCGUCAGCUUCGCCGAUCGCAACAAAUACCCGUACUUCUUCCGGACGAUCGGCGAGAACCAGCACUACAAGCACGUCUAUUUGUCGCUGUUCACCGAGUUCCGGUGGAAGCGCGUGGCCGCUCUCACCGAGGACGGCCAGAAAUACACCGAGUACAUAUCGCUGAUGAGCGACGAUUUGGGCAAGAACAACAUCAGCUUCAUCGCCAAUAAGAAGUUCCCGCGCGGCCGCAGCACCGAAGAUAUGAGAUACUACUUGGAAGACCUGAAAGCCAAACGGGCCAGAAUAAUAAUCGCCGACGUCGUCGAUCACGACGCCAGAAUGGUGAUAUGCGAAGCCUGGCAAUUGCAAAUGACCGCCAAAGAGGGCUACGUCUGGUUCCUACCCGUAUGGUUGAGCCCCGACUGGUACAACACCACCAAAUACAACGCUACGGAACAAAUCGGCUGCAGCGUCGAUCAAAUGAUUGAGGCGGCCAACGGAUAUUUUUCGCUGACUCACGCGUACUUCGCUCCCGACGAGGACAUGAUGCAAGAGAACAUCACCGUGGGGCAAUGGAAGCGCAACAUGAAAUCGAUCCAUCGUCCGAUAAGCGAUUACGCCGGUUUCGCUUACGAUGCCGUCUGGACCUACGCCUUGGCUUUGACUCAACUGCUUCAAAACGAUUCCGAGGACAUGUCCGUUUUGCAUUCGGCCAACACGUCGAGGAAACUGGUGAAUUACAUUCAAGAUGUAGACUUUCACGGUGUAUCGGGCCACAUAAAAUUCCGCGGCGGUUCGUCGAGAGUUUCCACCAUAAAUAUCAUACAGUGGUACGAUAGAGCGAAACACGUCGUCGGCAGCUUCUAUCCGAACGUCUCUCAAUUCAGACCCGAAAUACACGGUGGACAAUUGAGUCUCAACGGCACCCAAAUAAAAUGGUUUACGCCGGACGGUUCGAUACCCGAAGACGGGGCGCUCCCUCCGCCGGUGUGCGCCGUAGAAGCCCUAGCGAGGGUGUUCGACGUCGAAUGCCAGACGGCCAUCAUCAUACUGAACGUGAUCAUAGCGGGCAUCCUGUUGAUCGGGGUGGUGUGCGUGUGCUUCUACAUGAAGGCCAGGUACGACAGAAAAGUGCAGAGGACGAGGAAGUUCAUGCAAUCGCUGGGCAUACCGUUCGACAAGCACAGUCCCUCCGAUCUGGACAAAUGGGAGAUGGCCCGCGAGCGGAUCGUCAUCAAUCGCAAAUUGGGCGAAGGCGCGUUCGGUAUGGUGUACGGCGGCGAAGUCGAAUUGGAUUCGGGCGGUUGGAGUCCCGUCGCCGUUAAAACGCUCAAAGUCGGUUCUACGACCGAAGAUAAGCUGGAUUUCCUGUCGGAGGCCGAGGUGAUGAAGCGCUUCGAGCACAAGAAUAUCGUCAAAUUGAUAGGAGUGUGCACCAAGGAUGAACCCGUUUAUACGGUGAUGGAAUAUAUGCUGUAUGGGGAUUUGAAAACGUAUUUGUUGGCUCGUAGACACUUGGUCAAAUCUAAAGAUAUCGAUGAGUCGGAGGAAGUGAGUCCCAAACGAUUGACGAACGUGGCCAUGGACGUCGCCAGAGGUUUGAGCUAUCUCGCGGAAAUGAAAUUCGUACACAGGGACAUAGCGUCCAGGAAUUGUCUCGUAAAUGACAAACGAACCGUGAAAAUCGGAGAUUUCGGAAUGACACGCGCCAUAUUUGACAAUGAUUACUACAAAUUUACCAGAAGGGCGCGAUUACCUGUUAGAUGGAUGGCGCCCGAAAGUCUGGCUUUGGGCGUUUUCACGCCCUCGACGGACGUAUGGAGUUUCGGCGUCCUACUCUACGAAAUCAUCACGUUCGGUAACUUCCCAUUCCAAGGUAAAACCAACCCUGAAGUGUUGAUGGAGGUGAAGAACGGACAGACGUUGCAAAUCCCUAAAGCGGCCAAACCACAACUAGUGGGAUUGAUGAGUUCCUGUUGGAAACGCGAAUCGAAAGAACGCCCGACCGCCUCGCAAAUCGUGGAAUUCCUCGCGAACAACCCGAGAUUACUGACGCCCUGUCUCGACGUGCCCAUACUGUCGGUCCAAAUGGGCGACAGCGACGAGCUCGAAAUGCCCACCAAAAAUAUCAAAGUGUCGCCCAGCAAAUCGGCCAACGGGUCGAGUUUCCAAGCGCCGGCGACCGUCUACGGGGACCGAACGGACCCCGACAACAUCCCGUUGGAGUUGUGCUGUCCCAAGGAGCCGCUCUUGGGCCAAGGCAGAGGGAGCAGUUCGAAUCUGCUCAGUCGAUUGGGCGUGGGCAGCAAACGGGAGUCCGAAGAGGACGACGAAUAUCCCGAGCAGAGCAUCUCCCAAUCGCAGGAUAACACGAACGUAUAG